AUGGCCACGGACGAUUGUGCCUAUUGUCCUGUCGAACAUCUCGGCUUGGGAGGACGUGGCGCGCACCUGGUGAUACCUUCAAUUCUCGCACCGAUCUUAUCAUGUCUGGUGGUGGCGAAUCGAGUCUACUGGCGCCUGAACUUGGUGGGUAGUCUCGGCCUUGACGAUCUAUCGACGAUAUUGGCAAUGACCUUCUUGUUUGCUCAAUGCGGUGCAUCCAUUGCCGCAGUCAACUUUGGAUAUGGUAGACCUGUGGACACCCUGAACCAGCACCAGGCCUCCCAGGCCCUGGAGAUCUUCUACAAGCUCACCAUCAAUUGCACCAAACUCUCCAUACUCUUCCUAUACCUCCGCAUCUUCACCGAUCGUAUGUGGUUUGUCCAAGCUUGUAGGGGAAUGAUCCUCUUCAUCCUCUGCGCCUGCCUAUGCUUCACUGCUGCUACAAUUUUUCAAUGCAGUCCCCUACAGCGGGCCUGGGAGCGUUGGAACUCCGAAGGCACCUGCGUCAACCUAUACGCUCUUUGGUAUAGCAACGCCAUCUACAACAUUCUGACGGACCUCAUCAUUGUCCUGAUGGUGCCGCCUGUGAUCUUCACCCUGAAGUUGCCAAUCCGCCAGAAGCUAGCGUUGACCUGCAUUUUCGGUCUAGGCACCAUCGUCUGCGUUGCCUCUAUUUCUCGAUUAACUACAUUAUACUCCUCGGCGUACGGGAGCGACCUGACGGCAGGAUCACUGGUCUCGACCAUCUGGACAACAGUCGAGGCUGGUCUCGGCGUAAUUUGCGCCAAUCUACCAAUGCUACGGACACCUCUUCAACGUUGUUUUCCCAGACUCUUCCCGAUCAGACCAAGCAACAGCCAUACUCCACACACCACCCAGUCUCAGCCAAGCGGUGUAUGCAGUGCUGGUCCUCCAGUGGCUCCGAGGAUCUAUGCUCCGCCAUAUGUUGCAACCCGAGGUACACACCCAGACCAGGCUCCUCAGCCUGCAGCUCCAUUUAGUCAGCGAGUCAACCAUAUAUCAACCGCAGCUCAAGAGACCUGGGGAGCCUCUCUCAUCAACAACACUAUUGACUACAGUGACGUCAACUACGAAGCUCAGGAUCUUCAUUUCUUUGAUAGAGCUGUUGAGUUAGACCCGAGCACUCAUGUGGACUGGUAUUCCAGUCCGCUCAAAGUCUGGUGA